GAUGAUAUGUGUGGUACUGUCACAUGAUGAUCUGCGAGAUCAUUCUUGCUGUCGGAACUUUGACGAUUAUGUAUUCUUUUACAUCAUAUGAUAUUGAUUCUUGAGAAUAAGCUCAUUGAUGUUCUUUGUAGUGUUUCAAGAAACAAAUUAUAGUUGUUCGGUGUUGUCGUCUCCAAUUGAAACCUGUAUGUUUCACCUGUUUGAGUGAAUGCUAUUAUGGAGGCACUUUGUCCUCCAUGAUUUGUCCGAAAAGGAAUAUAUUAAUUUCUUGAUGAAUUCUAUUUAACUGAGAUAUCUAUGUUUUACCUGUUUGAGUGAAUGCUAGAAGGAGUCGCUGACAUCCAGAAUUGUCCAAAAUGCUAGAAUGAUUCUUGCAACUCAGUGCAGGCUUCUAGUUGACGUUGGUAUCUUGUUCAGGCUUGAUGGGAGUCAUGGGGCAUAUUGUGUUUCCUCGGCAGGCGAGGCCUUCCGUUCUUGCAUCUUGUACGGGCUUGCCAGGUCAAAGUUUGUUAACCAACCAUCCACCAGAGGUCUUCACUCUACUGGAAUGGAGGGUGCUUUAACGACUGUUCCAUCCAUUGUUGUUUAUGUUACUGUUCCAAACAAAGAAGCAGGCAUGAAGCUUGCAGAAAGCAUCAUCAAGGAAAAACUUGCUGCAUGCGUCAAUCGAGUGCCAGGUAUCGAGUCAGUUUAUUGGUGGGAUGGCAAGGUAGAGACGGAUGCUGAGGAGCUACUCAUAAUCAAGACUCGGGAGUCCCUUCUCGGUGCUUUGACCCAACAUGUGAAAUCCAAUCACGAGUACGACGUUCCUGAGGUCAUUGCCCUGCCCAUCACUGGUGGCAACGAAAAGUACCUCGAGUGGAUCAAGGACAGUACCAGAGACGACUAGUCUGAAUAUUUUCCCUGCCUGCGCAUGAACCAUAACGGAUUUUUGCUUCUGCUGCACUCGUAUUAUGUUAAUUUCCCAACAGUUGUAUAUAUAUAUAUAUAUAAUUCCUUAAGAUGAUGAAGUCCAAA